UUCGCCCGGGAGGGACCUUGAUGUUCCUCGUCAGCUUCCGUAGGUCACCAUGGCGGCGCCCGUGUGCCCUGCUCCACGCGUGUGAUGGCUCCAUGUGACUGCGGCUCUGCCGUGUGACAGCUCCACGUGUAACGACGGCUCCGUGCGUGUGACGCGCGAGAGUGAUCAAUCGUGCCACGUGACUGCAAUGAAGAUGACGACGACGAGGGAGGAGCUGAAGGAUGACAUGGGCUGGGACAAUGAGCUGGAAAAUGAUCUGGAGCAGCCCCGCAUCAGCCCUGUGACGGGCAGGGAACUGCGGGCGAGAUUGCUCGAUCAGAUGGAAAAGCUGUCUUCCUCUGACAGAAAGAUUUUCAACAACGCGGCCCCUCUGAUGGGGGUCGGGGCGGCAAUGGGGGGGUUGGUGUCCAACUCGAUGCUCCGUACGCUGAUGCAGGUGCGCGAAGCUUCCCUGGCCUCCGCCCUUCCCAGCGCGUUCAUCCCCUUCCUCACCGUCACCAUGAUCCACCAGGUCGUCCUGACCGAGUCUUUGUUGGGCGGCCGCCUGAACUGUGAACUCUGCGCUACCACACGUGGCAUACUCAUCGGGGCCAUCGGAUCCGGCGUCCACCCCAUUGCUAUGGCACUGUUGCUCAACGGCAUGCUCAUAGCCAGGUACCGCCCGUGGGAUGCGCCGACGCCAGGAGAGGCGCUGCGCCACAUGUUGAAGCUGUCGAAGCCGGUGAUGCGGCGCCUGACGCCCUUCAUGCUGGCGCAGGCCGCGUUCGGCGCCUACCUGGGCUCGAAGCAGUUCAGCGUCUACACGAAGCUGCGCUCGCUGCCGCCAAGCGAGGACCUCCCGGCGUGAGCACGCGGCGCACCCCGGCCACUCUUGCCGCGACCAUCGGGUCGGAGGUCACGCGGCAAGGGGGCUGUGUUACGGGAGAGCGAUGGCUCGGACGGACGAAGCGAUGCCCGUUGGCCAAAGUCUUCGCGCGACUCUGAUCCGGAAUUCCGUAUUCGCCGUGAGUUUAAAAGUUGGCCCCCUAAUUCACUUAGUUGUUUGGGAAGUUUAUGUUUGCGUGACACAGCAGGCGCGUGCUCGCGAUUUGAUGAGUAGUUCCGAUGCAGGGGUCACGUUGCGAUCCGACUAUGUUUUAUGUUGCCGUUGUGGUCUGCGUAGCGCUUUCUAGUGGCAGCAGUGCUGCUGUGAGUGCUUAAAGCACGGGGUUUCCGAAUACCAAUAACUAGUACUCACACGCAUGACGCGAUGCGUGUACGGUGAGCGUGAGAAUAAAAUAAAGUUGACGGAUCAAUGCAUCUUAACUCGCCAAUUAAGCAGUGCACUUUGCUCCCGACUGGUUUCACCGAGACCGCCCCUUAAGUGAUCACCUUCCAAAUAAGUGCUGUUAUCCUAUAAAAAAAGUUUUUUUAAUAUAUUUGUUUCAACUUUAUUUUGUCUUUUUAUUCUGUUUGCACUAUCGCCAUCAUGAUGUGCGAUGACGUGUCCACUUUAGGACUCUUCCAGAGCAGCGCGUCCCCCCGAGUGUUGGAAAACGGCCCGUGGAAGGAUAUAUCAGAGAACUGCUUCUUCGAUCACUGCAAGUGACCUAAUACCAUAAACUUGAGGAUAACUGUACUGUCACAUACACACCCUGCAACACAGAAAUGUUUGUCGUAUGGGAAUCAAACCGAUAUCCUUUUAAUUCACGGAGCCAGAAUAUAGCAAAAAGUAAGUAAAAAACGAAUAUAGCAAGAUGGGUUUUUUAUAGUAAUUUGUGACUAGACUGAGACUGGCAGCUCGCUCCACACUUUUUAGUGGGCGCCUAAAACCCAGAUUUAGCACGCAGGAUAUCAGCAUCGCUGGCGUCAGUGCUAUUAAGCCUCGAGUCACGUGGCCACCUCUUAAGUGUCUCAUUGAGGCUUCAACAGGGUUAGAGCAGCAUUUUGAGGGUUGCUCUUAACUCUGUCCGUUGUCUCAACUCGCAAUUUGCUGUGGCAUAAGUUAUAAAUGUUUAAUUAUCCAAUUAAUUUAUUCGUUUGAAAAGUUGGUAAAAUCCUGGAGCAGAGCAUGAUGCGGUAAUGGAGACAGAAAAUUGAAUCAGAAUGCCGCCACUUUAACUCAACUAAACUAUUUUUAUUUUACCAGGUAAGGCCCACUGAGCUAUAUAGCUCUUUUUUCAGAGGCGACCUGGCCACACAUUACAGCUCAAUGAAGUGGCUUAUCACACAUAAAUUUAUAGCAGCCAAAUACACAUGAUGAGAGAAACACGCCAACACCAAAUGAACGUAUUGGCGGUACACCGGUGCGCAGUAUAUAAGAAAAAGCAAUUUUUUCACUAUAAUUAUUUAUUUUCUCAUGAUUCGCAGCCCCGGACAGAAAAUAUUGCGGGGUAGUGUUGCGGCAAAAUCAGUUCUCGUGACGUCGAAGCAAUCGGAAGACGAAAUUUGUGAGCGGCUGCCCACAAAGCUUUGCCGUAUAGCAGCACCCAGCCUGAUGACGAUUGGCUCCCAUGUUCAAAAAGGAAAAGAUUUGACUCCUCGUGCCCUAGACUUGGUCGGAUGGUUCCUCGAUUCAUUUCUGGUAUCAUUUCUUAGCGGACGGUGGCAUCAAAAUAUUGAUGCUCGUCACGUUUGAUUGGGAAAGUAGCUGCUAACUCUAAGUCAACUUUCUGAUGGAAAAUAUGCCGCUCACUGAAGGGGCAACAGAGACAUGGUAAGACUGUUUUAUGAGGAUCGUUGUGUUAUCCUGCACCGGUGUACUGCCAAUACUUACAAAUAUAGAGGCGUCAGGGUCGGCUUGGGGCCGAUCUCGUACCUUUGCUGUCUAUAACUACACCUCGCAUUUUAGUUUUGUUUACCAAGUUUGCUGAGCACAGGUUAAAAGAGCCGGAAUGAAAAAUGGGUGGCCACGCUCAUGGGUAUCUAGCAGAUGUUUUCAAUUUGACCACAAGGAGUUUUAAUUUGUGAGUAUAACACUCAGUGGCAACCGAGUUCUCCCAUUAAUUAUUUUCUCGCAAGCCCAUGUGAAGGCUUUUGUGGGUCCCUCGUUAUUUUGGUUUAAUGGCUUUUGGUGCCAACUUUGGGGAGCCUCUGCCUCGCCAAUUAGCGCGUUUGGCUACGUGCGGUGCGCAAUAAAUUCAGCGUACAUACCGAUUGAUGCCUGUGGCCUAGCCUAAAGCUGUAAUAACCUGCCGCCUGCUUUUACAAUGCAAUGCAGGUCGUAUUCUGCAUUCAUACGGCGGCUAAUAUGUGACUGUAUCUUAAGAUCAACACGGUUGGCUAUGUACGGUGUGAAAGAAGUUCACCAUACAUACAAGAUGCUUUGAAAAGUAAACAGAAAAAUCCUGCGGUUUUUACCGUUGCAUUUUUUGCGACACAAAACACCGUUUGUGCAACUGGGUUAAAAAAUGUUCCCGUAUUAAUCGUCAAGAAUAAAUGUUGCUGUGAAAAAAAUAAAAAUGUGACUGUCGCACAGAGGGC